AUGAGAAAUUUUACCGCUAUUUUUCUCGUGUCAAUACUCUUAUUUGCAUUAGUUGCUCAACCAAUUCUCGCUGCUGACAAAACCGACAAAAGUACAGCAUCUACCACUGACAAAAGUUCAACAUCACCUACUACUAGUAGUAAAGAUGCUUCAAAUAGCACUGGUAGUAAAGAUGCUUCAAGUAGCAAAGGAGGAAAAAAUGAUACAACAUCAUCGGCCUCCAAUUCCACAAACAGCAACGCUGGAUCGUCGAAUUCUAAUGCCACAUCAACCACCGUAACAAAUUCUUCAUCGUCGUCUUCGUCUUCAGAUGGAAGUUCAACAGAUUCUAGUGCAGUAACAAGUGCUACUAUCAGUGGCACUAGUACUCCCUCCUCGUCCUCGUCUUCGUCUUCGUCUCAUGCAAUUGUUAUUGGACAUGAUAACAGUUUCGCACUCUCUGUUGGAUUUUUAUUCGUGUUUGUUGCUAGUCUGUUUCAAUUACUUUAA